CGGAUUUCUGCAAGAAGAGCAAAGAACCACAACAGACUAAGUCCUGCCCACUGUCGGGAAACGGAGGAAAACUGCGAGUUCGGGGCCGUAAAGCGACAGGAGGGGAUCCACGUGGGACUCCGAGUAGGAAGCGGGACUAACAUGGGGAAAAGGAAAUCCCGACAGCAGCAACAACAGCAGCAGCUGAUCAGCAAUUUGAGCAAGAAGCAAAAGAAGCAUCUCAAAGAUUUCGGAGAGGAACACCCUUUCUACGAUCGGGAUUCUGGGAAAGAAAAGCCAGCUCAAAUUUGUAAACUAUCAGAAAAUUCCAACCAGUCAAGCUCAGAAAGUGAUGCAGAGAAUGAUUCAGAACAGGUCUCCAUGUAUCAUAAGCUACUGGCCACGUUAAAGACCAUUCCAGAUUCAGACAAUGAGGAAGAGGAGGAAUCAGAAGAAGAAAGUGAUGAAGAUGAAAUAGAAGAGGACAGUGAUGAACAUGAGGAGGAAAGAGAAACAGGGGACGAAGGAAAUGCCCCAGAAUCAGAAUCAGGUAAAGAAAUUCUGUCACAGGAAAAUAAUCAGGAGGAGCCAGAAGAUUCAACUACUUCUAUUAACCUAAAACAUGAAGAUAUUGAAGAAUUUACUGAUGCAAAACAUGAAUCUGAAUUUAGCCUGGAAACCAAUUUUCCAGAAGAGAGUGAAGAUGCUAGUGCAGAUCAGAAAGAAGGGAGUUCUGCUCCAGAAGUGGUAAAAGAUCCAUUUCAAUGUCAUAUGAGUGAAGAACUGGAUGAAACAGAAAUAGAUGAAAUACUUACACGCUCAAAAUCUGCUAGCCAAAUGAAGUGGCCGGUGCUGGGCCAGCUAGUGGUUUCUUCUUCAUCAGAGAAGUUUGGAAUGAUUAAGCCAUACAAAGAAGUGGAUCUGAAACAGCUUCAUCUUCAAAAGCCAUUAGGAUCCACUUGGCCAAAAGUGAACAACCCAUUCCUUUCAAAGCAAGCCAGUACAAAAGAUCAGCCAUUCACUGCAUUGCAAAAAGAGCUCUUCUGCAUUAUGAAUUCAUACAAGGACUUGUUUUAUCCAGAGAGGACUGCUUUAAGAAAUGGGGAGGAAGUUCGCCAUGCCUACUGUCUCCAUGCCUUAAACCAUGUCUUGAAGGCAAAUGCACAAGUGCUUAGCAAUAAUGCUAAGCGAAGGGAUCAGAAACCUGGCAUUGAUGAUGAUAAUUUCAGGGAUCAAGGACUCACAAGACCAAAGGUAUUGAUGGUGGUGCCGUUCCGAGAAUCUGCUUUACGUGUUGUGCACAUUUUAAUCAACCUUCUUGAAUCAGCAAAUAAAAAGAAAAUCGAUGUGAGUAACAAAAAACGGUUUAAGGGAGAGUUUGGCUCAGAUCCAGAUGAGAAGCCUCCAAAUCUGAAACGGCCAGAAGAUUAUGAAGCCGUUUUUGCUGGAAACAUUGAUGACCACUUCAGGAUAGGUGUUGCUGUUCUUCAGAAGAGUAUGCGACUCUAUGCGCCAUUUUAUUCUUCUGAUAUCAUCAUUGCAUCUCCCCUCGGCCUGAGGACUGUAAUUGGAGCUGAGGGGGAGAAGAAGCGAGAUUAUGAUUUUCUCUCAUCAAUAGAAGUUCUUAUAAUUGAUGAAGCUGAUGUUUACCUAAUGCAGAACUGGGAGCAUGUUUUGCACCUGAUGAAUCACCUUAAUCUGUUACCUUUGGAAUCUCAUGGAGUGGAUUUCUCACGGGUGCGAAUGUUCAGUUUAAAUAACUGGUCAAAGUAUUAUCGCCAGACCCUGCUGUUUGGUGCCCUCCAACAUCCGCAUAUCAACUCCAUCUUCAAUAAGUACUGCUUCAAUUACAGGGGACAGGUAGCUGUAAGGAACGUGCCAUUGACGGGCUCCAUCAGUCAUGUUGUGGUACAGCUUCCUCAUGUUUUUCGCAAGCUGGAAGCUGAGAAUUCUGUUUCUGUAAUAGAUGCAAGGUUUCAUUUUUUCAUUGAGAAAGUGCUGCCUGAGUAUCGUGAUGCAGUCAUGUCACAUACACUCAUCUACGUUCCUUCCUAUUUUGAUUAUGUGCGUCUUCGCAACUAUUUCAAGAAGGAAGAGCUCAGUUUUACACAUAUAUGUGAAUAUACCAGUAAAUCCGGCAUUUCCCGAGCAAGGCAAUUCUUUCUAAAAGGAGAUAAACAAUUUCUAAUUUUGACAGAACGUUUCCACUUUUAUAAAAGGUACUCGAUUAGAGGCAUCCGGAACCUCAUUUUUUAUGAACUGCCAACCUAUCCACAUUUCUAUAGUGAGGUCUGCAAUAUGAUGAAAUUGGCAGGUGGGGGAGAAGAAGCUACCUUGACCUGCACAGUGUUUUACUCAAAAUAUGAUGCACAGAAGUUGGCUGCUGUGGUGGGUGUUGAGCGGGCAGCCCAAAUGCUCCAGUCUCCCAAAAACGUACACCUUUUUGUCACUGGAGAAACAGAGUAAAAUAAGGAUUAAACUGACAUUUUAAUGAAUGCCUUAGCCUCUUGCACAGUGUUUUUGCCGCCUGUAUUUCUUCUGAAAUGUGUGGAAUGAAGGUUAAUACAACUUGAUAUAGAAAUAAAGUUUGUAGAAACA